UCAUCGGCUUAAGAAGUCAGUUUCUAAAUAUUUAUUGCAUGCUUCGAGGCUCCUCCACUUUGAGAACGGCUGACUUCCUGAGUACCUGCUCCAGCCGGAAACUGCUGUUUGAGUUUCAGGGUUUGAACUUGAACUAUUGGAAGACCUAGCUUGCAAGACUUCUUUGAAUUGAGGAUGAUCAAUAAUCUGGCGAACAAGCAAGUCGACAGUGGGAGUAGAGUUCGCCAUAAUUAUUCGAUUCCUCGAUCAAAGUUUUCCCGCUUUCCAAAAUAACGCCGCUGGCCAAAGCGAUAACGGGCACAAUAGCCGAAUAUAUUUUACUUACUUUUGUCCUGUCAUAUAUUUAUUUAUUCAGUACCAUAUACAUUGACUUGGUCCAUGCCAUAUAUAUGUUGCACAUAUAUUCUAUUCAUAUAUUUAUUUGAUCCCUGCCAUAUGUACGUAACUUUUGCAUUUUAUUUUUUGGGCACACAAUAUUGUCCUAUGUAGCACCCGAUUAAAAAUAAGGCCUGAAAUAAAAUUCUGGCCCGUACGGGAUUUGAACCCAUGACCUUUGCGAUACCGAUAGUGCUUGGGGUAUUGCUUUGCUGUUUAAUAACAAUGCGUGAAAAACACGGUAAGUCUUUGUUAUUGCAUGAAAGCAUUGUUUUAUUUACUCGAAAGAAAAGAUUUACUUAGAAUUGUCACGAAUUUCUGAUUUAGUUUGAUUAUAGUUAGAGUUCGCUUCCUUCUUGCGAAUGUGUAUCUUCUUCAUUUGAAUUUGUUCUGAUUGAGUCCUUCAUUUGAUUAUUUUAAGCACAGUAUGCAUUUAAAAUCAGCCUUUACUGGGAGACAGAGAGGACUUUCAUGUCUAAGUCUGAUGGAAAAAAUAAUAAAAAAGUAAUCCUCACAUUAGACCCGGCCCAAGAGCCAUAAUUAUGGCUCUUAUAACCCGGCCUUAACAGCUCGGCGCGUGACGUCACAUAAGAUGGUCGCGGCAUCCACCUACUUAUAAUCCCUACGCGUCAAUAUUUUUUUGCAGCUGUUGCCUGGCAUUUCAAAUCGCUGUCUUCUUCUUGAGACUUCCUCUAAACAAUAACUACGCCAUGGGGGUAACCUGUACGACCCAUUACUUUCCUCAGUCGCGUCAGGAAUCUGCCCCGUUGUCCUCAAAGCUCUACAAACCAUUUCCGAAGAAAAAGCGCAGUACUCGCGGCGGUGUAAUUAUGCAAUUAACGGGGGAAGGACUGGCAAGUAGCAUCCCUCCGCGAUACAUCAACGAGCUGAUCUCUUCAGUUCGAUAUCGUUAUCAAUACCAGUGUUCCUUUGCUGCCCAGGAUGACUCCGAACUUAUUUACGGAGUUGUGGUGGAGCCAACAUAUCACUUGGCUAAGCAUCCGACCUUUACUUCUCGCACGCGCACGUGGGACUUAGCAUCCUCGCCCUCAACGGCCAUUACCAAGUAUCAUUGCACAUUAACUUCCGGUCCUUGGUCGAUCUCCCCGGAUGGACAACAGUUGUGCUGCUUAGCCAUGAAACCGGGCAUAGACGAAGAGGAAGAUCUUUUCUUAUCGAGGUACGACUCUACACCGCAGAAAUGUACUCCUUGUAAUAUCCCAGGGAGUUUGUCGGAAUAUCGACGGAUUUAUCCCCAGGGAUGUCCUUACUCGCACGAUGGGAGCAUGAUUGCUUCAAGUCGCGUUGUUGCCGGAGCCCUCCAAUUGACAAUCACUGCAGCGCGUAACGGAAAGACAAUUUGCAGUGGAAGAGUCAGCAGGGCUUGCUUUGGUUUUCGUGGUGUUGUCGUUAAUUGUACAUUCUCUCCAAACAAUUGCCUUCUUGCUGUUACCUCUUCUUACGGACAGUUAUAUUUGUUGAACUCUACCAGGUUAACCCGUGUGAACAGUUUAGAUUGUGCGACUAUUCUGUCUCCAUACAAAGUUUCAGAACUUGCUAAUGGAAACACGGAAGACUUCGUCACGCAUUCCGUUUGCGUGUUUGAUCCACGAUUCCCUUUCCAAGAGUUUCUCACUUGCGUCCCGUACGCUGGGGUAGUGAAGAUGUGGCAUAUAUCAUGUUGCGAUAAGAAAGAUUCAGAGAUUCAAAACAGACAUACGUUAACCUUCAAACAGCUAUUAAACGUGGUUAGGUAUUCUCCUAAUGGAACGAUUCUGGCUGUGGGGGGAAACGAUGGGACCAUCUCUUGUAUAAGUGUUGAUGAUGGAACUGUGAGCUUUGUUCUUGAUGUCACACAACAGCCACCAGAAUUCCACAGUGAUGCAGGUGUUUUUCACGUGGCGUUCACGCAGAGUGGAGAGCAACUUGCUGCCAGUUACAGUGAUGGUUUCAUACGAAUUUGGCAACUGCCAACAGUUUUUGAUCUGAAGUUGCUAUGUCGACUAGUGGUAAACGCAUGCGUCCCACCCAACAAAGUUCUCCAGCUUCCAUUGCCCCUAGGACUUCGAAAAUUCCUUCUGAACAUAAAUUUUUGAUGGUUUUGGAGGAACGUCAUUUGCGGCGUGCAAACCAAUAGCCCCAUGAACUGAAGCAAACUGUUUGCUGAGGCGCGAGAAAACACGAGCGUCUAUCUCGCGGUUAUCUCGCGGUUAGUUUUAAUUUUUGGUUGGUCGAGGAAGAUUGGUUGAAAGUAGCUUGGCUAAACAUACGAUUUAAAUCCGAAGAGAAACCAUACUUUCAAAACAUGCAGAUGCAAAAUCACAAAUAAAUGAGUUGUUAGCAAUCCCGGUCUUGCUCUGAUGCUAGGUCCCAGAUCACCAUCAAGUUGUCGUCUUAAAUCUACGAUAGCAAGAAAUUAAUUCAGCGCAAAACCCUACCCGAAAGAACGUAACUCCUCUCUUAAGUCACCAAGUCUGUUCCAAGAUGUAAUUGUUUUUGGCUACUGUUUCAAAAUAUGCUCAUUAAACGAAGUUAUCCCCUUGGUGUAAAGGGAGACGUCAAUACAAACAUUUUAACACCCACUCCUAUUGUUCAAGCUUAAUUAUUCAUGGGCGACGUUUUGAAACUACCUUAAAAUAAAUUGCUAUGUCCUUCUAACUGUCGCUAAACAUGCACAAGUCACGUAUAGAAAUUGUAAAAUAAAAAUGAAAAAAAAAAAGGAGUAAACGAUUAUGAAAAUAAUAGUGAUAAAAAAGCGAGGAAGUUAUUAUUUCUAAUUUCGAGAAAAGGGGAAACAAAAAGCAACCGACACGUACCAAAACCCUAUCAAGAAAAAAGCACAACAGUCAAGUGGCCCGAAAAUAUAACCGCCCAGAAAAAAAAAGAGAAAGGAAUUUGGAUUUUGGAUUCCAGUGGAUGAUUUUGGAUUUUUAACACUAGUGGCCGAUUCU